AUGCCGAUUACCAUUUUUAAACUCAAAAUAAAAAUAAAAAUUCAAAAUAAGAAAUAAGAAAUUUCCCCUCUUGUAAAACAAAAAAGACCUCUUUUCUCUCCUCAAAUCGAUUGAAAUGUUGUUCGAGCCCUAGAUUCAAUCCAAAAUCUAGGGUUCUUUCAUUCCUUCCAAAUUUUUAUACUUUUUUUUUUUGUUUUAAUUAAAAUGGCGAGGGUGUUGAGAAGCUGCAUACAAUCAUUAUUGAAACUGGUGAAUUCGGUGAUUGGGAUGGCUGGGUUAGCCAUGAUUCUAUACUCCGCUUGGAUGAUUAGGGUUUGGCAGAGGGAGAUGGGUCACCUUCCUUUUAGUCAUGAUUCUGAUUACCCACCUCCCUGGUUCAUUUAUGCAUUUCUUGGCCUUGGAGUUACAUUCUGUGUAAUCACUUGUUCGGGUCAUAUUGCUGCUGAAACUGCCAAUGGCUGUUGCCUGUAUUUGUAUAUGGUGUUUGUGGUUUUGCUUCUCAUGCUGGAGGCUGCCGUGACUGUUGAUGUAUUUCUAAACCGGGACUGGAGAGAGGACUUCCCUAAGGACCCCUCAGGGAAUUUUGAUCUGUUCAAGAAUUUCAUCCAGACAAACUUUGAGAUGUGCAAAUGGAUAGGCUUGUCUCUCGUUUCUGUACAGGGAUUCUCUCUACUAUUGGCAAUGAUACUCAAAGCUCUCGGGCCGCAUCAAUAUUAUGACAGUGAUGAUGAAUAUACUCCUGAUAGGGUGCCUCUCUUGAUGAAUGCUCCACCCUAUGUUGUUGAUCAACGAUAUGGGCAUGGACCAAAAAAUGAUGCAUGGACAAGAUAAAUAGGUGUAAAGCUGAUGGUUUCAAUUGAACCUCUUGACGUUUGAAGCUGAAGGAAGAAGAGACAAGUGCUUACUAUAAGUGAUUCUACCAAACUCAUACAGUCAUGAGCAAAUAUAUGCAGUGUAUUCAUGUUUGUAAAUGGUAUAUAAAAAUCCUGAUCUUUAUUUUGACCACCCCUUGCAUCUUUUGUUGAAAAUAUUUCUGGAAGUUGCAUCAAUAGAUACCAAACUUUUUUAUCUUUUGCACCAA